AUGUGUAUUCUGUUUGUGGCUGCAGCGGCCAUUGCAUCCGUCGACUGCAACUCGGAAGAACGGGAUGCUCUCAAUUCCUUGAAAUCCCAAUUGGCCGACUCUAACAAUGUUCUCCAGAGCUGGGAUCCGACGUUUUACAAUCCAUGUACCUGGUUACGUGUUACCUGCAACAGCCAAAACAGUGUUACAAGGCUAGACCUUGGCAAUGCUGGACUUUCAGGACCUCUUGUUCCUGAGCUGGGAAUGUUGAUAAACCUUCAGUACUUGGAGUUGUAUGAGAACAAUUUUUCUGGACCUAUUCCAUCCGCCAUUGGCCACUUGGAUCAACUAGUCAGCUUAGACUUGUACAAGAAUAAACUUUCCGGACCAAUUCCACAAACUCUUCGACACUUGAGGUCCUUAAGGUUUCUGAGGGUAUUCCACAAUAAAUUAAUCAGAGCUAUCCCUUCAUCUCUUGGAAAUCUGAAAAACUUAGAGAUCCUGGAAUUAAACAGUAUCAAGCUCACUGGUUUUAUACCGAUUGAGGUCAUUGGACUCAUUCGUUUUGGCAAGUUGGGAAUUUUCGACGUCUUAAACAAUCUGUUGGCAGGGACUGUACACCGCACCAAUUCAACAGGUCAUAUUUCGAGGCAAAGCAACACUACGGGUUGUGUUUCUUCCAAACUCUUCAAUCACGAUGACGACUUCUUCCAGCUCCGCCUUGAGCCACAACAUAGUCUCCCUCACAUCCUCUACCUACGACCGUCUCUCCCUCCACUUACGAAAUUCGAGGCAUGUAAAGCGGUGUGGUCGGCGGUCGAGAAUCUCAGAGUUAAGGUAUGCAAUCAUGACGUGUCGAUGGAUCGGGGGUUCCAAAGAGAGGUGGAGGAGCUCGAAGAUGGUGUUGGUGGUGAAGGAGGAGGCGGUGGGGAUGAGAGGAGGUGGAACUCCUUGAUGCCACACUCUAGUGGUGAGGUGUCCGGAGCAUAA